CGCCUCUCGCGGGAUCCCCUGAGUGGCGGGAUUUUCUCGUUCUCACCCCGCCCAGGUCUCGCGGUCUCUCCGCCAUGGCCCAGCCGUGCCCAGCUCUCGCGGGACGUGUCGGAGCCAGGUCCGCCGCUCGCGCCCGAGCCGCCUUCCUGCCGCGCUCCCUCGCUCCAAGAUGGCGACGCUGUCCGGCUCCCCCUCGGCCACGGGCCCUGGCCCGCCCGGCUACCGGCCCUUCGAGCCCGAGGCGCUGGGCCUGGCCCCGGGCUGGCGGCUCACGGGCUUCGGGGAGCUGCGCGGCUGAGGCUGCAAAGUCCCGCAGGAGACGCUGCUCAGGCUCCUGGCGGGACUGGGGGGGCCGCGCGCGGGGCUGGCGGCGGCCGGGCUCGAGACGGGGGGGCCCGAGGCCGGGGGGCCCUCGCUGGGCAUAGGGAUGGACUCCUGCGUCAUUCCCCUCAGGCAUGGGGGUCUCUCCCUUGUACAGACCACAGACUUCUUCUACCCACUGGUUGAGGAUCCCUACAUGAUGGGCCGCAUCGCAUGUGCCAAUGUGCUGAGUGAUCUCUACGCCAUGGGCAUCACCGAGUGCGACAACAUGCUGAUGCUGCUGAGCGUCAGCCAGAAAAUGACAGAUGAGGAGCGUGAAAAGAUUAUGCCACUGAUGAUCAAAGGCUUCCGGGAUGCCGCAGAGGAUGGUGGGACAUCAGUGACAGGCGGGCAGACUGUGUUGAAUCCUUGGAUCAUUGUCGGGGGUGUUGCUACUGUGGUGUGCCAGCCCAACGAAUUUAUCAUGCCAGACAGUGCAGUUCCCGGAGAUGUGCUGGUGCUGACCAAGCCGCUGGGUACGCAGGUGGCUGUCAACGCUCACCAGUGGCUGGAUAAUCCUGAGAGGUGGAAUAAGAUUAAGCUGGUGGUGUCCAAAGAGGACGUGGAGCUGGCCUACCAGGAAGCCAUGUUCAGUAUGGCCAUGCUGAACAGGACAGCUGCCAGUUUGAUGCACACUUUCAAUGCUCAUGCUGCCACCGACAUCACGGGCUUUGGGAUCCUGGGCCACGCACAAAACCUGGCCAAGCAGCAGCGCAGCGAGGUCUCUUUUGUCAUCCACAACCUGCCUAUCAUCGCCAAGAUGGCUGCCAUCAGCAAGGCCUGCGGGAAUCGUUUUGGGCUGCUGCAGGGGACAUCCCCGGAGACAUCAGGGGGGCUGCUAAUCUGCUUGCCCCGGGAGCAGGCCGCCCGUUUCUGUGCUGAAAUCAAGUCGCCCAAAUACGGGGAGGGGCACCAGGCCUGGAUCAUUGGCAUCGUGGAGAAGGGGAACCAGACUGCGCGCAUCAUCGACAAGCCGCGCAUCAUCGAAGUGACGCCCCGGGGCGCCACAGCCUCCCCCCAGGAGAACAACUCAAGUGCCAGCCCUGAAGCGGCCUCGUGAGAUGGCAGAUCUUCCUUCCUUUGGACACUAUAAGCCUCUGCCCGCAGAUACAGGGCAGCAGGGCUGGCUGGGUGUCUUGGCUUUGGGAAUGAGAAUUACAGAAUCAUAGGACUGGAAGGGACCUCGAGAGGUCAUCUAGUCCAGUCUCCUGCACUUUGGCAGGACUGCUCUAUACCAUCCUUCCCUUGAGAGCUAUGCUUCUCUCACGGUGCAGCAGGUGCUGAUCUUCCUCCCCAACUCAGAGCAGCACCGUGAUCAAACGGCUCCCCUUCCCAAGGUCAAGGUGGCCGAGGCAAGGCCCUUCCAGACUGUGCCUGAGCUGAGUGUCCGGUGAUGCGGCCUUCCCCACAGGCUGAUUCAGGGGGUUAACGUGGCUAAUUGGUUCCUGCAGAUUUAAUGAAUUAAUUAUUUAUUAAGGAUAAAUGCAGGUGAUGCAGAACAGCAGGUAGUUUCUAUCUAGAAUUAUUUAUUGGAAUAUUUCAACGACCUCUCGGGCUCCCCCAGCCUUUGUUCAGACUGAGCAGCUGGUAUAAAGGCUGGGAGGGUUGGUAUAAGCCAUGUGGCUGGGCAUGUGCCCUUCCUCUCUUUAAUGAAGCUCUUCCUCUUAAACCCACCCUGGGGCUAGGAGGAGUCGAGGACCCCCAGAGGGCAGGGCACCAGCUCAGCCAGGUGGAUUGCUUCUUGGGUUGUAAAUUCCUGAUGAUUGAUUCAAUAAAUACCAAUUUCUAUA